AUGCUUUGGGAUUACAUUUUCGUUGGAGGUGGCCUCUCGGCCUCGGUUGUGUCUAGCCGUCUCCAUCACCUCGACCCAGCACUCAAGAUCCUCGUCAUCGAAGCUGGAGGCAACGCCAACAAUGACCCCAGCGUAGUUUACCCCAACUCUACAAACCUCAUCGGAGGGGAGUAUGAUUGGAAGUAUGAGACGAUUCCGCAAGUGAAUCUGGACAAUCGCCAGGUAUCUCUGCCAUGCGGUAAAGCUCUUGGAGGUGGCACUGUCAUCAACUCAGGUGGCUGGAUUCGUGGUGACAAGUUUGACUUCGACCUGUGGGGCGACACAGUUGGUGACCAUCGCUGGUCUUAUGCUGGUCUGCUCCCGUAUAUGAAGUUGACCGAGACUGCUCCUGCACCUGUCAAAAACACUGCCGAGCAUGGCACAGAUGGCCCUAUGCAAAUCCAGGGCAUUGUAUCGACUCACAGAGAAUUCCCUCUGCGCAACCAGACUCUUCAAUCCUGGCAAGCAGUUGGCGUCCAUCCACUCCCUAACAAUGAUGGCAACGCCGGCAACCCUCUCGGUAUUGGUGAUCUCUUCGAAAACAAAAACCAGGGUCGCCGUGAGAUAGCCGAUAAUGUCUUCAAGUUGACCGGCAUAACUGUUCUCACGGAAACUCUAGUUUCCAAGGUCCUUCUAAGCACUCCCAAAUCGCAUAACCAAUCGCCUGAAGCCACUGGAGUUCAGCUCGCAAACGGCACGAAGAUUCAAGGCAAAGAGAUUAUCCUUGCAGCGGGCGCUAUCCGAACUGCCCAGCUCCUCAUGCUCUCUGGAAUUGGACCGUCUGAUGAGUUGCACAAGUUUAAAAUUCCCGUCGUCCUGAACCAGCCUGAAGUCGGCAAGAACUUUGCGGACCAUGGUCUUUUUGGAGCACUUUGGGCUCUGAAAGAUCCCUCCGCCGGUUAUGCUAUCGGAUCUGCCAACCCGCUCUUCAACGAGCCUCAAUAUGGCUGGGGCACUCCGGCUGAUUUCCUCGUCUCCACCGGUAUCACCGACAAGGCUGGACUGGCUGCUGCUAUCGAGAAGGAUGAGGGCAAGAAGCCUGAUCCCAAGAAGCACCCACUGCUGAAGCAGGACCGCACUUUCAACGAGCAUGUAUUCCAGUAUGCCGGUACUCCAGACGGCUCAGCUGUCACCUUUGCUCUGAUCAAUCUCUUGCCCACAUCCAGGGGUAGCGUCACUCUCAAGUCCGCCAACAUCAAUGAUGUGCCUAACAUUGAUCCCAACUACCACGCGACUGAGGUUGACAAGUUUGUUGCCCGCGAGGGUAUUCGCCUGCAAAUUGCAUUUGCCAACUCCAACCGUACCGUUAUUGGUCGUGAUAUUAUUGCCGGCGAGCUUGGCGCUCCAGGUUUCAAUGAGACAUUCAAUACACAGUCAACAGAUGCUUACAUUGAUGCUCGUAUUGCUGCUGGUCUUGGAUCUACAUUCCACCCCAUGGGAACUGCAGCUAUGGGCAAGGUGGUUGACACCAAUCUUAAAGUCAAGGGUAUCAACAAGCUUCGUAUUGUUGAUACCUCUGUUUUCCCUGUUGUCAUUACCGCUCAUCUUCAAGUUGCUACAUAUGCGACAGCAUACCAGGCAGCUGAUAUUAUUUAUAAUAGUCUCAAGUGUUCCAAAUAG